UAGAAGGAUCUCGCUACCAUGUCAACGGGCGAAUCUAGUAUCGGCGAGCAGGCGCAACGGGACAUUUCAAAGAGUAAACAGACGGUGACGAACGUGAGUGGCACCUUUACAUGUUCUUUUUGUCCUUUGAAAGAACGCUACGAUUACAAAGGCACGAGACCGCCAUUCGCCCGGCAGUUGGUUUAUUCGGAAGAGUGUUACGUUAUGAAGGAUCCGUUCAGCUUGCCAAACAAGGGCGAAAUCUUAGUUCUAGGUGCCGAUUGCAGCGUGUGCGAACACGCUGUAUGCCUAGGAUGCAGCAUAUUUUACAAGAGACGCUUCUGUCCGAAGUGCGCGUCCAGUAAUAUACAAUAUUUACCUCUUCAGUUACAUAAUAAAAUCAAGAAUUUAUCAAGGCAAACAGAUUCGUAAAAAGAAAUUUGCAGGCAUUAUUUAUUAAAGAGCAAUGACAAUUACAUAAAGCAAAAUAUACUUAUACAUAAAUAUAGGAGGU